UCGCGACAAGGUGUCCGCAAUGAGUUGGGGAACGGAGCUGUGGGACCAGUUUGAAAACCUGGACAAACACACUCAGUGGGGGAUCGACUUUCUGGAGCGCUAUGGAAAGUUUGUCAAGGAAAGACUGGAGAUAGAGCAGAAUUAUGCCAAGCAGCUACGAAACCUCGUGAAGAAAUACUGUCCAAAACGUUCCAAAGAAGAAGAGCCAAGGUUCACAUCUUGUACGUCGUUCUACACCAUCCUGAGUGAACUGAAUGACUACGCAGGYCAGAGGGAGGUGGUGGCGGAGGAGAUGGGGAACAGGGUUUACGGCGAGCUGAUGAGGUACAGUCAAGACCUCAAGGCUGAGAGGAAACAUCAUUUACAGGAAGGGAGGAAGGCUCAGCAGUACUUGGAUCAAUGCUGGAAACAGAUGGAAAAUAGUAAAAGGAAGUUUGAGAGAGAGUGCAGGGAAGCGGAGAAAGCCCAGUCCACCUACGAGCGGUUAGAUAACGACAUCAACGCCACCAAAUCAGACGUGGAGAAGAACCUGCAGGACAUGGACGAACGUCGAACAGUGAAGCUCGGAGAGACGUAUCGAAACUUCGCCGAGGCCGAGAGGAGAGUCAUCCCCAUCGUGUCCAAAUGUCUAGACGGAAUGGUUUCUGCAGCCAAGGCUGUGGAUGAGCGACGGGAUUCAUCCAUAGUCGUGGAGUCGUUUAAAUCAGGCUUUGAGCCCCCCGGAGACUUUCCCUUCGAAGACUUCAGUCAGAAUAUAAGCAAAAACGGACCAGAGGCGACCAUCAGCAACACACCCAAAGGAGAAAGGGAGAGAGACGUCGGCCCGGGCUCACGGUCCGACCCCAAACAUCCCAUGAGCAGAACCAAGAACAAGCUCUGGCUGUUUGGCAAAAAGCCAAAGGCGCCGUCUCUGGAGGAUUUCAGCCACYUACCACCUGAGCAGAGGAGGAAGAAGCUGCAGCAGAAGAUUGAUGAACUCGGCAAGGAGCUCCAGAAAGAAACAGAUCAGAGGGAUGCUUUGAAUAAGAUGAAGGACGUGUACGAGAAGAACCCUCAGAUGGGCGACCCCAACAGCCUGCAGCCCAAAAUAUCGGAAACCAUGUCGAACAUCCAGAAGCUGCGCUCGGAAAUCCACAGAAAUGAGAGCUGGUUGUCUGAAGUGGAGGGAAAGCAGAGCUCCAGAAGCGACAGGCGACACAGCGCAGACAACCAUCAAACUCCUCACGGCAGAGAAAGUCCGGAGGGCAGUUACACAGACGACACCAGCCAGGAGCAUCACACGCCCCUCCACCACCCCAGCCCUGCACAUCCAAACCACGACCCUCACGAGUUCGAUGACGAAUUUGAUGACGAUGACCCGUUGCCUGUUAUCGGACACUGCAAAGCAAUGUACUCUUUUGAUGGUAAGGACGAGGGGACGCUCAUGAUGGCAGAGAAUGAGGUUUUGUACAUCAUCGAGGAGGAUAAAGGCGACGGCUGGACGCGGGCGAGGAAGCAGAGCGGAGAGGAAGGCUACAUUCCCACCUCCUACAUAGAAAUCACGAUAGAGAAACACAGUAAAGGUGCCGUCACCUACAUCUGAAGCUUGUCUGUCGUUUCCUCUCUGUAACGCCACAAACAGGAACAACUAACAACAAAAAAACAUCUGAACAUUUGCAUGGACGUCUGUCAUCCGCUCGCCUGCUCUGAUUUCCAUCCCGUCUUUUUACCGUUCUGGUUUUAAUUCCUGGUUUUCACAUUAAUGGGACUGAUGUUUUAAAGAGAGUCCCUGAAACAGGAAGUAUGUUUGUACUUUUCUAUUUGAGGAACCUGUUUGUGUUUGAAACGUGUUCACUGCUGUUUGAGCCCCACUUUGGAUCGAUCAAAGCRUCAGAAAUAGUUUUAUAAAAUAUAUUAGAAACCGUUUAUUUUUGUUUAUUCAGUCUUUUAUUUGUUUUUCUGACAGGUGACGAUCAAGCUCACUAAUUCGAAGCUCUUUUUUGUUUGUGUUCGAAGCGAAAGAUGUUCUCAUUUUAUCUGUUUGCAGUAUGUCUGAGUGUGUGUUAACCAUUUAUUUGUGCCAUCACACCAGUUUAUCUGGAUUUAGCUGCAGUUUCUAAACCACCUGAAGAAAGUCAGGGGAAAAACCCUUACACUGCAUUUUUUUUAUCACUUAUUUUUAACAGUCUACCAGAAAGAGAUUAUUAUUUGCACAUAAAGAUUUUGUUUCAGGUUUUGUCUUUUUAAUUAUUAUGUCAAGUAAGACUACUAGUUUAUUUGAAAACACUGGAAAAAUAUUGUUUUAUUGCCAACAAUUCC